AUGGUAAGUCCUCCAUCCAGACCUCCCCGCAAUACAAAAUACCUAAAUGCCGGUCUAUUACGAGGAAAAAACCCGAGUGAGGUAGCCCUACUUAUCCGCGAACCCAGAGACCCAUGUGAUGAUUCGUAUGAAUUGUCCUGUUCAUCCUCUUCUGUUAUAUCUGCAACUGGAAGCGAAGAAGAAGAAGUCGCAGAACAAGACAAAAUUUCUUUAGGAAGUGAAUAUGUUUCUUAUGAUGAUGAUGAUGAUGGUAAUGGUGGUGAUGGUGGGAAUGCUGGUAAUCAUGGAAAUGAAGAGGAGGAGAUUCAAAAGGAGGAGGAUGAAGGUAAUGAUGAUGAUAAGGAUGGAAAUGGUGGUGCUAGCGGUGAUGAAGAGGGGGAUGAGGAUGAUGGUAAUGAUGCAAAUGGUUUGUAUGCUGCCGUUCGAAACUCUGUGAUUGCAUAUGACAAGGCUGCAGUAUCAUGUUUUACUGAGAGGUUUUACGGCGAAGUCGAUGCUUCCCAAUUCCCUUUUGGAGAGAUGGCGUUCAUUCCCGAAGACGCGAAACAGAUUCUAGGAUUGCACGUUGAGGGGAAAUCCACGGAACCUGGUAAAAACACUGAUCCAAAUCCAUCAUCCUUGGAUGUGCAAGAAAAAUAUGAGUUACUUUCUGAUCCGGACCCACCUUUAUUUGCACGGCGUAGUUAA